CCAGACGGAAAGCAGAGUGCGAUUUGUCAAAUUAGGCCUCCGUUUUAGUUUGAUUUCGCCAGUAAGGCUGAAAGCUGCGUCGCAAGUUGCGUGAGUUGGGCGCAUGUGAGCACGUUACUCAGGCCUGGACAUGAUGAAUUUUUCCACAAACGCCCCUGGUGACACUCAGAUAAUGAAAGAAAACAGUCACUUGUCUACCAAAAUCGCUGUAUCCCAGUUUCAGCCACCCAGGCAGAGGACAGUGCUGGGUGUCCUGAAUGAGAAUGAUCAGCACGUAUGGUCCCAUAACCCGGGCAGUCAGCUGUCCAGGCACAGCUCGUUCACUGACAGCACUCAGCUUACAUUUCUUAGCUGCACCUCCAGCUCCAGCUACGACAUCUAUGUGGAGGAGGCUUGUGAGAUUGUGCUGGCUGCCUCUGGACAGGAAGUAGUGUCAAACAAUUAUCACUGUGGCGAUCAAACUGAAGCUCUGAAGAACGAAGAUGCAAGACUUCUGCUGGAGCUGAGUACAAGUUCUUGCCAGAAAAUGCAAUCUGAACACAAUGAGUCCCAUAUGUCAGAAGUUCAGUGCCGUUCAGAGUAUGACGAGGACAUCUACUGGCAUCUAAGACAAAAUGAGGUUCAAUUGCGGCCUCUGUAUAACUACUUGGAGAAGCACCCGGAGAUCACUAGUGGCAUGCGUGUCAUCCUGGUGGACUGGCUGGUGGAGGUGGCACAAGAGUACAAACUUCGCUCAGAGACACUGUACCUUGCUGUCAACUACCUGGACCGCUUCCUCUCUGACACUGCGUUUAUCAAACGGGGAAAGCUGCAGCUGGUUGGCACAGCAGCGUUAAUGAUCGCUGCCAAAUAUGAAGAGAUUUUUCCUCCCGAGCUGAAUGAGUUUGUGUACAUUACGGACAGCACGUACACUAAAAGACAAUUGAUUCAAAUGGAGUACAUUCUUCUAAAAGUACUCACUUUUAAGAUGACAGCUGCGACUGCAAAACUAUUUCUUCGCCAAUUCCUGGUAGUGCAACCAGUCGAUGCUACCACAGCGAAUCUUGCCAUGUAUGUGUCAGAAUUAAGCCUGCUGGAGAUGGAUCCAUUUCUUCAGUAUAGGCCGUCCAUAGUGGCAGCCUCAGCCUACUGCUUAGCCAAUUACACAGUGUCCAGAUCUCUAUGGCCAAGUGCAUUGCAAGCUUUUGCUGGCUACACUUUAUCCGACAUUGAAGACUGUCUGAUUGACCUUCAUAAUUUCUACUUAAAGGCAGAGAGCCUUCCUCAUCAGGCCAUAAGGGACAAAUACAGGAGCUCAAAGUAUUGUCAAGUGUCACUGAUAACUGCACCUGCCACUCUGCUUUUCCAAUAAUCCAUCGCUCUGCUUCCAAGCUUCAGGAUAAUGAAAGAAGACCUAGUUACACAUUGGGCACUCCCACAGAAAUGACAUGUGUUGAAAAAUGGCCUUAUGGCAAGUUUGAAUCAUCUAAAAACUUCAAUAUGACGUAUGAUGUUGCAAAAAAAACAAACAAGUUUUCUAUAAUGGGAUAAUAAAGGACCAAAUCUUAUUUGGCAUAGUAUUAAAUAAAAUAUACAGUCAAUCGUG